AUGGUCCUCCUGGGGCGUGGACCAGGCCAAGUGGCCUCCCGGGGUACCAGGCCAAGUGGCUCUGGGGUGGACGGCCAAGUGGUCCUCCCGGGGGCGUGGACAGGCCAAAUGGUCCUCCCGGGGGUGGACCAGGCCAAGUGGUUCUCCCGGGGUGUGGACCAGGCCGUGGUCCUCCCGGAGGUGGACCAGGCCAAAUGGUCCUCCCGGGGGUGUGGACCAGGCCAAGUGGUUCCUCCCGGGGGCGUGGACCAGGCCAAGUGGUCCUCCCGGGGCGUGGACGGCUGUGGUCCUCCCGGGGGUGUGACCAGGCCAAAUGGUCCUCCCGGGGUGGACCAGGCCAUGGUCCUCCUGGGCGUGGACCAGGCCAAGCCAUGGUCUCCCGGGGGUGUGGACCAGGCCAAAUGGUCCUCCGGGGGCGUGGACCAGGCCAAGUGGUCCUCCUGGGGUGUGGACCAGGCUGGGUCCUCCCGGGGUGUGGACCAGGCCAAGUGGCUCUCCCGGGGUGUGACCAGGCCAAAUGGGCCUCCCGGGGUGUGGACCAGGCCAAGUGCCUCCCGGGGUGUGGACCAGGCCAAUGGUUCCUCCGGGGACGGGACGGCCGAGUGGUCCUCCCGGGGGUGUGGACCAGGCCAAGCCAAAUGGUUCCCCGGGGGUGUGGACCAGGCCAAAUGGUCUCCCGGGGGUGUGACCAGGCCAAAUGGUCCUCCCGGGGUGUGGACCAGGCCAAGUGGCCUCCCGGGGUGGGACAGGCCAAGUGGCCUCCCGGGGUGUGGACCAGGCCAAAUGGUCCUCCUGGGACGUGGACCAGGCAAUGGUCCUCCCGGGGCGUGGACCAGGCCAAAUGGUCCUCCCGGGGAUUGGACCGGGGCGUGGACCAGGCCAAGUGGUUUCCCGGGGCGACCGGCGUGGUCUCGGGGCGGACCAGGCAGUGGUUCUCGGCGACCAGGCCAAGGGCCCGGGCGUGACCAGAGCAAUGGUUCUGGGGGGACCACCAAGUCGUCCUCAAACAAUGCACUCAAGGCACUGACUGUAGAAUUAGAAUUUAAUAAGAGUAACGCUUGA